AUGGCUCCAUAUGGUUUUUACAAGCUUCCAAAACAGCAAAGCUCCAACGGCCCGGUGAAGAAGUCUAUGCGGGAGAAGGCUGUGGAGCGCAGGAAUGUCAACAAGGAGCACAACAGCAACUUCAAAGCGGGAUACAUUCCCAUUGAUGAAGACCGUCUCCAUAAGACAGGCUUACGUGGCAGGAAAGGCAACUUGGCCAUUUGUGUGAUUGUUCUUCUUUUUAUUUUGGCUGUCAUCAAUCUCGUUAUUACAUUAGUUAUCUGGGCAGUGAUUCGAAUCGGCCCCAAUGGCUGUGACAGUAUGGAGUUCCAUGAGAGUGGCCUCUUGAGGUUUAAGCAAGUUUCUGACAUGGGUGUCAUACAUCCAUUGUAUAAAAGCACUGUAGGAGGCAGGCGUAAUGAAGAUUUAGUGAUCACUGGAAACAAUCAGCCUAUUGUAUUUCAGCAAGGCACAACUAAGCUGAGCGUGGAAAAAGACAAAACAUCUAUUACCAGUGAUGUUGGGAUGGAAUUUGUUGACCCAAGGACACAAAAUACCUUGUUCAGCACAGACUAUGAAACUCACGAGUUCCAUCUGCCAAAUGGAGUUAAGAUCUUGAAUGUACAGAAAGCCUCUACAGAGAGGAUUACCAGCAAUGCAACCAGUGAUCUAAACAUAAAGGUUGAUGGCCGUGCUAUUGUUCGUGGAAAUGAAGGUGUUUUCAUAACAGGCAAGACCAUUGAAUUUCGAAUGGGGGGUAGCAUGGAACUUAAAGCAGAAAACAGUAUAAUCCUGAAUGGAACUGUGAUGGUCAGCCCAAUGAGACUGCCAAGUUCUUCUUACGGGGAACAGUUUAAUAACGGCAACUGGCUGCGUUUCAAGCUCUGCAUGUGCGCAGACGGGACACUGUUCAAGGUUCAGGUGACAGGUUAUAACAUGGGGUGCCAGACUUCUGUCAAUCCGUGUGGAGCCACGCACUAGAGUGCAAACCACUACCAGGAGAGCUCUCUUUUGUGUUUACAUAUAUUUGUAUGAAGUAAUUGCAUGCCUUCAAGGAUUUAUGUUUUUACAGCAGUUUAUACUAACAUUUAUUACAUAAUAUUUUAAAGCAAAGGCUGUUGUGUUCAGCAGUAUUUCAGCACUGUCCUGUUAGCUGCAGCAGUGGCACUGACGUACUGAGCUUUUGGUCUACAUGCCUUCUGAAGUACCUUCCUGAAUUUGGAUCAGUAGAAUAUAU